UCCAUCUUAAAGUUGAACCAUUGGUCUAUUUCGUUUACUGUACUGUUCUUCCUGAGGAAGUACUCUCUCUCUCUCUCUCUCUCUCUCUCUCUCUCUCUCCAUCUAUAUAAGCUGGCAUCAGCAACAUACAGCACACAACGCUCAUAGCAAGCAAUUCCUGUCUGUUUCUUCCUGCAGGCAAAAGGGUAAAUCCACUCUCUCUCGCCACCCACAGUUUUCAAGUGGAAUGUUAAGAGCACAACUUAGCACUAGAGAGUAGCAGAGAGAGAGAGAGAGAGAGAGAGAGAGAUGGGGAGAGCUCCUUGCUGUGAUAAAGCGAACGUGAAGAGAGGGCCAUGGUCGCCUGAAGAAGAUGCCAAGCUUAAAGACUUCAUUCACAAGUAUGGCACUGGUGGCAACUGGAUUGCUCUCCCUCACAAAGCUGGGCUAAGGAGAUGUGGGAAGAGUUGCAGGCUGAGAUGGCUGAAUUAUCUCAGGCCAAACAUAAAGCAUGGUGAAUUCUCUGAUGAAGAAGAUAGAGUCAUCUGCACUUUAUAUGCUUCUAUUGGCAGCAGGUGGUCAAUAAUAGCAGCCCAGUUACCAGGAAGGACUGAUAAUGAUAUCAAGAACUACUGGAACACCAAGUUGAAGAAGAAGGUGAUGGCAAUGAUGCUCCUUAACAACCCUUCUUCUUCUUCUUCCUCUCACCACAGAUCAAGGUCAUCUCCAAUGCUGUUUUCCUCUUCUUCUUCUUCAUCUUCUAUUGCACCUCCUCAUCUCCUCCACACACAACAACUGUCAUUUUAUACCCCAGCAGAAAGCUCAUUUUCUGGGCUUGAUGAACACCAGUCCCUCUCUGCACCCCAGAACCCAAACUUGUUGUAUGAUAAUCAGUCCUAUCCCUACAGCUUUGAAAGCCAAGAUCAGGGUUUCUCCAACCUCAUGCAGUUUGGUGGUGAAAAUAAUAGCAAUAAUUUACUCAUGUUUGGUGGGACUGAGGCCAGUGGCUCCUCUUCUGAUGGUAUCAGCUAUGGAAGCAAACCAGAAAUCAAGCAAGAAGCUGAUGAUCAUCAUCAUCACCCCCUACUAGGGGCCACACGUUUCCAAUCCACAAAUGCCCAUUCUUGGGACCACAACAAUGGUGGGUUUGAUCAUCAUCAAGACCAGAUAAUGAAUAACAAUGGGUAUUUUGGGAACACUGCCAAUAAUGAUCUAGACAUUGUUAGGAAGCUAGUUAGCAGCAGCAGCAGCGUUUGCAACAACAACAACAACAGGUUAAUGUUGUUUAAUGAUAUUAACAAGACAGAUGAUGAGAGGGGGAUGUACCAGUGCUACUACUACUGAUUGUACCUGUCAUAAAGAUUUGGAGGGGCGUGGGGGGUAUGGCUGAUUCACUCAGAAGGGAUGGAAGAGAGCUUAGCAUCAUCAGUUUCUUGGGUUCUGUGUGUAUGUAUGUAUUCUGAUUCUGAUGAGAUUUGAAUUGAAUGAAUGAAUGAAAAUACUCCUCCUUUACUUUGACA